AUGAGCGGUGCGCAGGGCAGUCCGCAGUAUAGCGAGACAUUAGAGUCGCAUGAUGAUGCGUUUUCCCGACUCAUGGGCCUGAUUCCUGCGCGGUUCUAUGUCUCACGCAGUGAUGCAGAAGUGCGCGUGAUUGCGUCCAAGUACGAGAAGAACAAGCGCACCAAGAGCCAGAAGCAGAAAGAAGCAGAGGAACGUAAAGCAAUGACAAAGGCGUCACGACGUGCAAAGCUUGAUCCGGAUAGGGUGAAAUCCGUACAGGAAGUGCAAGAGGAGCGAAAACAGGAUGCGUCGCUCAACCCGGACGACGAUGAAAAUGACGAUGAGGUCGAGGACAGUGACGACAUGGAUGGCGAUUACGAAGACAUGGAUGAUGACCAUCUCAGCGAUACGGAACCCAAGCCAGCACUUGCACCAGCUGCACCCGAUACCAAACCGCUCGCCGCACGUCGCGUCUCCAUUGCAGAACUGCGUGAGCGCCUCCAUAACAAAAUUGAACAGCUGCACCAAAAGCGCAAUCCCCAGGGCGCUAGCAGCGAUGCAUCCGCGCCGCUCAGCACGAAACAGGAUCUCUUGGAGGAGCGGCGUCGCCAGCGCGGCGAAAUGCGCGAUCGCCGGCGCCGCGAGCGAAAAGAAUCACGGCGACAAAGCAAACUUGGCACGAAGCCCGACACCAAACCCAGCAUCUCCAACGCUAAACGACAGACAGGGCUACUUGUCGAGGAUACCAAGACCAGUGCUCCCAAACUGGACAACGCCGAUGUAGGCAACGUGGCUUUCAGCCAAGUAUCCUUCGAUACAGAUGUGGCGCGGAAAAACAAAUUUGCGCUUCCCAGCGACCCCAAAUCCGCACUGUCUACGCUCGAAGCACGCAAGCGACGCGCCGAGGCCAAGAUUCAGAAACAAGUGGAGCGUGGCCAGGACGGGGCCCAAGCGCGCGAAUCACUGCAGGAGUCGCAGCGCUGGGGCAAGGCACUGGCUGCUGCAGAAGGCGUGCGCAUCCGCGAUAAUGAGCACUUUUUAAAACAAACUAUCAAACGCCGCGAAAAGACAAAGGCAAAGAGCACAAAAGCAUGGAACGACCGGCGCCACGCAGAGCAAGAGGCACAGGCGGCGAAACAGAAGAAGCGUAUGGAAAACAUCACCAACCGCCACAAUCCCAAAGGGAAAGGCAAGAAAGCCGCGCCGUCCAAGGCCCGUCCUGGAUUCGAAGGCGCGCAGCGCUCGUUUGGCGCGCGCAAAACGAAGCGGUAG